GACGUGUUGUUGUGUGACUGCUGUGUUGAAAACAAGACGAAAAAGAAAUAUUUCAUUGAAAUUUUAUGAAAAGAUUAUGUUGUUAUAACAGUUAUUUUUCUCAUCUGUGAUUUUGGAACAUUUUAGCUGAAAAGAUGGGGAGAUCGACUUAUAUUUUAUUUGUGUUUUCGGUUGUUUUUAUAGGACAUUUUUCACAAUCUGUCCAUUCUUUGGAUGAUGGAGCUUCCAAGAUUGCCAAGUCAGUGAAUGAAAACAAACAUGGAACUAUUGACAAUCAGACUCCUGCAAAACAUCCUUCAUCAGCCAGUGAUGUUAUAGUUUCAAAUAAUAACACAAACUCAAAUGACACUGUUUGUAAAGAUGGUAGUAAAAAUUGCACAGAAAAUAAAACAUUUUAUGGAAAUAUGAUGAAUAUGAUAGGGGAAAAUAAAGCAAUGUUAUUAAGAACAUUGUAUGUUUUGAUUGCUUUAACCUCCAUUAUUGUGGUAUAUUUUAUGGUGAGAGCAUUUAGAUUACGUCAUAAAAGAAAUAAAUCUAGAAAAUAUGGAUUAAUAACAGCACCCAAUGAUUUAGAAAUGGCACCUUUAGAUCAGGAAGAUGAUGAUGAGGAUGAUAUGACAGUUUUCGAAUUAAAUGGUGGUCAUAAAAGAUAAUUUAUUCCUAAUUUUUCCUAUUGUGUUGUGACUGUAAUUUUAUUGUGAAGUGAAAAUAUUGAAAUCCAUCAUCACACUGCUUUCAACAAACAUAAUAUAUAGCUGAUAAAUUCUUGAUAAAGGAAGAAGUGGAGGCAUAAUUUAAUAUAUUCAGCCAACACCUGUCUCUUUCACAACUACCAUAAGACUGCUGUCUAGUUUGUGGACAAUGUAUCUACUGUAUUUAAUGAUAUGCACACUUCCUCUCCUCUGAUUCCAUGUUCCAUAGUAGCCCAUUUAAUUUUUUUUAGAGAAACAUUUCAAUUGGAAUCAUGUCAAGUAUGAGAUUAAGUGGUUUUGUCAUUGAAGUUUUUGAAUCCAGGCAUCUGGUUAGUUUUAGCCUACAAAUGAAGAUUUGUAAUAACAGAGAAAAAACAGGUGUCUGUGUUCAUAAACAUUAGGGGUUUUAAUAUUUUUUACAGCAUUUCAAGCUAUACAAUC